AUAAAGCAUAUAUUUAUAUAUAUAUAUGCAUUAUAUAUAUAUGCUAUAUAUAUAUAUAAUUCUAUUUUUUAUGUAUAUAUAUAUAAAUGCAUAUAUAUAAUGCAGAAUUGUAAAAAUAAUAAUAAAUAAUAAAAAUGGUAAAAUAAUCAUAUUGGUAAAAUAGGAAAAUAAUAGAAAUGGUAAAAAUAAGAAUAAAAAGUUAAAAAAGAAAGGAAAAUAAAAGAUGGUCAAAAUAGGAAACUAAGCAUAGACACGGUAAGAAUAAUGAUAGAAAUGGUAAAAAGAGGAAAAGAAUAGAAAUGGUAAGAAUAAAAAGUAAAAAAAGGAAAAUAAAAUAUGGUCAGAAUAGGAAACUAAUAGAAAUGGUAAGAACUAAAAAUAAUCAUAGAAAUGGUAAAAAGAGGAAAAGAAUGGAAAUGGUAAAAAGAAAAUAAUAAGAGAAAUGGUAAAUAUAGGGAAAUAAUAAUAGUGGUUAAAAGAGAAAAUAAUAGAAAUGGGAAAAAGAGAAAAUAAUAUUAGAAAUUGUAAAAAUAGGAAAUAAUAGAAAUGGGGGAAAAUAAAAAAUUGUGAAAAUAUAAUACAAAGCAAUAGAAAGGGUAAAAGGAAAAUAAUAGAUAUAGAAAAAAUUGUGUGUAUAUAUAUAUAUAUAUAUGUAUAUAUGUAAUAAGUAAUAAAAUGUCAAAAAUAGAAAAAUAAUAAAAAUAAAAAAUGGUAAAAUAAAAAUUGUGAAAAUAUGAUACAAAACAAUAAAACAUUAGAAACUUUAAAAAUUAAUUUAGAAAAUUAGAAAUUUAGUAAAAUUAGAAAAAUAAUAGAAAUAGAAAAGUGUGUGUGUGCAAAAUUGUAAAAAUUAAUUAAUUAAAUAGUAAAAAUCUAAAGAUAAUAAAAAUCAUAAAAUAAAAAUUGUUAAAAUAUAAUAAAAAGGGGAAAACAGAAAAAUAAUAGAAAUAGAAAAAUGUGUGUGUGUGUAUUUAUAUAUAUGUAUAGCAAAAUUGUAAAAAUAAUAAAGAAAUAUAGAAAAAUAAUAAUAAUAAAAAUUCUUAAAAAUAAAAAUUGUCAAACUAUAAUAAAAAGCAAUCAAAAGGGUAAAAUAGAACAAUAAUAAAAUGGUAAAAAUAGGGAAAUAAUAACAAAGGAAAAUAAAACUUGUGAAAAAAUACACAUAAUUAUAAAAAAAAAAUACUGAAAAGGUUAAAAAAAGUAAAAAUAGAAAAAUAAUAAAAAUGGAGGAAUAAUGUAAACAUAAGAAAAAUAAUAAAAUGGAUAAAAGAAAAAUAAUAAAGAGUGGUAAAAAUAGAAAAACAAUAAAAGGUAAAAUAGAAAAAUAAUAAAAAUGGAGGAAUAAUAAAAAAUGUAAACAUAAGAAAAACAAUAAAAUGGAUAAAAGAAAAAUAAUAAAGAGUGGUAAAAUAUAUAUAAACAAUUAAAGGUAAAAUAGAAAAAUAAUAAAAAUGGUGAAAUAAUAACGAAUUGUAAACCAUGACAGCAAUAAAAUGGGUGUCAUAAGAAACUACUGGAAAAUAGAAAGAAAUGAAAAAAAUGUAAAAAAUAAAAAAUUGUAAUUUUUGUUAAAAAAAUUGUAAAAAUAUAAUAAAAACAGUAAAAGGUAAAAUAGAAAAAUAAUAAAAAUGGUGAAAUAAUAAGGAAUUGUAAAUCAUGAGAACAAUAAAAUGGGUAACAAUAAGGAACUACUGAAAAAUAGAAAGAAAUGAAAAAAAUGUAAAAAUAAAAAAAUUGUAAAAAUAUAAUUAAAAGAGUAAAAGGUAAAAUAGGAAAAAAGGCAAAAAUAGGAAAAUAAUAAUAAAAAUGGUAAAAAUAGAAGAACGAUUAAAAUUAAAUUAUUUUCUCCCCCCCCCCCCCCCCUUUGAGAUGUCCUUAUAGGCCUCUUCGUGUCGCUUGGAUGCGAACGGGCUGCUUUGAUUGACAGGGAGGGAGGCGCCCAUCACUUUUGGGGCCCAAAGGAUGCAGGCUUGUUGUGUUUUUCCAAGCCAAACGGGAGGAUUUGCGAUGGAUCAGGGCAUCACGAUGCGAUGCAAGCGUUUGCUCGCGCCCGCCUCCAUCUUGGAGGGCCUUUUUCUUUCGCCCUCGGCGAAUAUCGGAUUCGGGGCUCGGCGGCCCGUAUGUCGACGACGACGGCAACGCGCUGUCAGGCGACACGGCUAUGAAUGAUGGAUGGUCGCCCGGGGCAACCGGGCCGAUUGCCGUAUGGAUGGAGCGGCCCCGUAUGCCGCCGCUCAAACACACAAUCAUAAUAAUACAAAGCCCCAAAUGUCACUUUGAAGCAGAAGCUGGGUGGCCAUCUGUCGGGAGGGAUCGGAUUGGCUCUUCCUGCCCGACUGAAGGUUGGAUUGCGGUCCCUUCCAACACUAUUAUUAUUAUUAUUAUUAUUAUUAUUAUUAGCAUAUUAUAGUCCUAUUUCUCCAUGAAGCUACCAUUAUUAUUAUUAUUAUUAUUAUUAUUAGCAUACUAUAGCCCUGUUUCUCCAUGAAGCUAUGAGUCUAUGAGGCUGGGUGGCCAUCUGUCGGGAGGGAUCAGAUUGGGUCUUCCUGCCCGACUGAAGGUUGGAUUGCGGUCCCUUCCAACACUAUCAUCAUCAUCAUUAUUAUUAUUAGCAUAUUAUAGUCCUAUUUCUCCAUGAAGCUACCAUUAUUAUUAUUAUUAUUAGCAUACUAUAGCCCUGUUUCUCCAUGAAGCUAUGAGUCUAUGAGGCUGGGUGGCCAUCUGUCGGGAGGGAUCAGAUUGGGUUUUUCUGCUCGAUUGAAAGUUGGAUUGUGGUCCCUUCCACACUAUUAUUAUUAUUAUUAUUAUUAUUAUUAUUAUUAUUAGCAUACUAUAGCCCUGUUUCUCCAUGAAGCUAUGAGUCUAUGAGGCUGGGUGGCCAUCUGUCGGGAGGGAUCAGAUUGGCUCUUCCUGCCCGACUGAAGGUUGGAUUGCGGUCCCUUCCAACACUAUUAUUAUUAUUAUUAUUAUUAUUAUUAGCAUAUUAUAUUCCUAUUUCUCCAUGAAGCUACCAUUAUUAUUAUUAUUAUUAUUAUUAGCAUACUAUAUUAUUAUUACUAUACUAUAGCCCUGUUUCUCCAUGAAGCUAUGAGGCUGGAUGGCCAUCUGUCGGGAGGGAUCAGAUUGGGUCUUUCUGCUCGAUUGAAAGUUGGAUUGUGGUCCCUUCCACACUAUUAUUAUUAUUAUUACUAUACUAUAGCCCUGUUUCUCCAUGAAGCUAUGAGUCUAUGAGGCUGGAUGGCCAUCUGUCGGGAGGGAUCAGAUUGGCUCUUCCUGCCCGACUGAAGGUUGGAUUGCGGUCCCUUCCAACACUAUUAUUAUUAUUAUUAUUAGCAUAUUAUAGUCCUAUUUCUCCAUGAAGCUACCAUUAUUAUUAUUAUUAUUAUUAUUAUUAGCAUACUAUAGCCCUGUUUCUCCAUGAAGCUAUGAGUCUAUGAGGCUGGGUGGCCAUCUGUCGGGAGGGAUCAGAUUGGCUCUUCCUGCCCGACUGAAGGUUGGAUUGCGGUCCCUUCCAACACUAUUAUUAUUAUUAUUAUUAUUAUUAUUAGCAUAUUAUAGUCCUAUUUCUCCAUGAAGCUACCAUUAUUAUUAUUAUUAUUAUUAUUAUUAUUACUAUACUAUAGCCCUGUUUCUCCAUGAAGCUAUGAGUCUAUGAGGCUGGAUGGCCAUCUGUCGGGAGGGAUCAGAUUGGAUCUUUCUGCUCGAUUGAAAGUUGGAUUGCAGUCCAUUCCAACACUAUUAUUAUUAUUAUUACUAUACUAUAGCCCUGUUUCUCCAUGAAGCUAUGAGGCUGGAUGGCCAUCUGUCGGGAGGGAUCAGAUUGGGUCUUUCUGCUCGAUUGAAAGUUGGAUUGUGGUCCCUUCCACACUAUUAUUAUUAUUAUUAUUAUUAUUACUGUAUUAUUCUUAUUAGCAUACUAUAGCCCUGUUUCUCCAUGAAGCUAUGAGUCUAUGAGGCUGGGUGGCCAUCUGUCGGGAGGUAUCAGAUUGGGUCUUUCUGCUCGAUUGAAAGUUGGAUUGCAGUCCAUUCCAACACCAUUAUUAUUAUUAUUAUUAUUAUUAUUAUUAUUAUUAUUAUUAUUACUAUACUAUAGCCCUGUUUCUCCAUGAAGCUAUGAGUCUAUGAGGCUGGGUGGCCAUCUGUCGGGAGGGAUCAGAUUGGGUCUUUCUGCUCGAUUGAAAGUUGGAUUGUGGUCCCUUCCACACUAUUAUUAUUAUUAUUAUUAUUAUUAUUAUUACUGUAUUAUUCUUAUUAGCAUACUAUAGCCCUGUUUCUCCAUGAAGCUAUGAGUCUAUGAGGCUGGGUGGCCAUCUGUCGGGAGGGAUCAGAUUGGGUCUUUCUGCUCGAUUGAAAGUUGGAUUGUGGUCCCUUCCACACUAUUAUUAUUAUUAUUAUUAUUAUUAUUACUGUAUUAUUCUUAUUAGCAUACUAUAGCCCUGUUUCUCCAUGAAGCUAUGAGUCUAUGAGGCUGGGUGGCCAUCUGUCGGGAGGGAUCGGAUUGGGUCUUUCUGCCCGACUGAAGGUUGGAUUGCGGUCCCUUCCAACACUAUAAUAAUGAUAAUAAUAAUAAUAAUAAUAAUAAUAAUAAUAAUAAUAAGCAUACUAUAGCCCUGUUUCUGCAUGAAGCUAUGAGUCUAUGAGGCUGGGUGGCCAUCUGUUGGGAGGGAUCGGAUUGGGUCUUCCUGCCCGACUGAAGGUUGGAUUGCAGUCCCUUCCAAGACAUCAUUAUUAUUAUUAUUAUUAUUAUUAUUAGCAUACUAUAGCCCUGUUUCUAAAUGAAGCUAUAAGUCUAUGAGGCUGGAUGGCCAUCUGUCGGGAGGGAUCGGAUUGGGUCUUUCUGCUUGAUUGAAGGUUGGAUUGCGGUCCCUUCUAACACUUAUUGUUAUUAUUAUUGUUGGCAUACUAUAGCCCUAUUUUUCCAUGAAGCUAUGAGUCUAUGAGGCUGGAUGUCCAUCUGUCAGGAGGGUUCAGAUGAUGUCAAUGGUUUGGAUGGUCUUUGGGGUUCCUUCCAACACUAGGAUGAUGAUGAUGAUGAUUAUUAUUAUUAUUAUUAUUAAUAUUAGGAUAUUAUAGCCCUAUUUCUUCAUGAAGCGAUGAGUCUAUGAGGCUGGAUGGCCAUCUGUCGGGAGGGAUCGGAUGAUGUCAAUGGUUUGGAUGGUCUUUGGGGUUCCUUCCAACACUAGGAUGAUGAUGAUGAUUAUUAUUAUUACUAUUAUUAUUAUUAUUAUUAUGAGGAUACUAUAGCCUAAUUUCCCCAUGAAGCUAUAAGUCUGGAUUAUUAUUAUUAUUAUUAUUUUAUUAUGACACAGCAAAUAAGACAGACAUGCUGGAUUGUUUGCUGUGUCAUAACAAAAUAAUAAUAAUAAUAAUAAUAAUAAUAAUAAUAAUAAUAAUAAUUUGGAUACUAUUGCUCUAUUUCCCCAUGAAGCUAUGAAGCUGCUGGCCAUCUGUCAGGAGGGAUUGGAUUGUGUCAUGCUAGAAUGGGCUUGGAUUGGAUGUUCCCUUGGGUCCCUUCCAACACUAAGGUUAUUGUUGUUGUUAUUAUUGUUAUUAUUAUUAUUAUUAUUAUUAUUAUUAUGCAAUAGCCCUAUUUCCCCAUGAAGCUAUGAGGCUGGAUGGCCAUCUGUCAGGAGGGAUCGGAUUGUGUUGUUUGAGAACGGGGUUGGAUUGGAUGUUCCCUUGGGUCCCUUCCAACACUAAGGUUAUUAUUGUUAUUAUUAUUAUUAUUAUUAUUAUUAUUAUGCAAUAGCCCUAUUUCCCCAUGAAGCUAUGAGGCUGGCUGGCCAUCUGUCAGGAGGGAUUGGAUUGUGUUCUCCAGGAACCUUGUUAUGUCGAUGAAGCAUCCCUGUCCGUAUUAUGUAAGCCGGUUUGUUUUGCUUCCUUUGCGUCUUUCGCAAUGGGUUCCGGGCAGGAUUUCACUGGAUCCAAGAUCCAAAGGGAUCCCCAAAGGGCAUCCAGACCAACCCCAUUGCAGAGCAGGCCUCCAUUCCUCAGGAAUCCUAGAUACUCAUGGUUAUUAUUAUUAUUAUUAUUAUUAUGGUAGUAGUAAAUUUAUUUAUUUAUUUAUUUUCGUGUCAGGAGCAACCGGAGUAAAUUUAUUGAUGAGCCAUAACCCAGCUUGUUUUUAUUGUUAUUAUUAUUAUUAUUAUUAUUUCACUGCAUUAUUAUUUCACAGCAUUAUUAUUAUUAUUUCACAGCAUUAUUAUUUCACAGCAGUAUUAUUAUUAUUUCACUGCAUUAUUAUUAUUAUUAUUAUUAUUUCACUGCAUUAUUAUUAUUACUUCAGAGCAUUAUUAUUAUUACUUCAGAGCAUUAUUAUUAUUUCAUUAUUAUUAUUAUUAUUAUUUCACAGCAUUAUUAUUAUUAUUUCACAGCAUUAUUAUUAUUAUUUCACAGCAUUAUUAUUUCACAGCGUUAUUAUUAUUAUUAUUUCACAGCAUUGUUAUUAUUUUACAGCAUUAUUAUUAUUAUUUCAAAGCAUUAUUAUUAUUAUUUCACUGCAUUAUUAUUAUUAUUUCACAGCAUUAUUAUUAUUUCACUGCAUUAUUAUUAUUUCACAGCAUUAUUAUUAUUUCACUGCUAUUAUUAUUUCACUUUGUUAUUAUUAUUAUUAUUAUUUCACUGCAUUAUUAUUAUUAUUUCACUGCAUUAUUAUUAUUUCACUGCAUUAUUAUUAUUUCACAGCAUUAUUAUUAUUAUUAUUUCAUUGCAUUAUUAUUAUUUCACAGCAUUAUUUUUUUUACUACUACUGCUACUAUUAUUAUUAUUAUUUCACAGCAUUAUUAUUAUUUCACAGCAUUAUUAUUAUUUCACAGCAUUAUUAUUAUUUCACAGCAUUGUUAUUAUUUUACAGCAUUAUUAUUACUAUUUCACAGCAUUAUUAUUUUUACUAUUUCACAGCAUUAUUAUUAUCAUUAUUUUAUUGUAUGACACAGCAAACGAGAUCUAUAGGCUGGAUGUCGUAUCACAAAAUCACAAGUCGAACACUUCCCAAGUGUCUAGGACUGUGUGAUGUAUUUUCGGAUGAUUAUCAUUAUUAUUACUAUUAUUAUUAUUAUUAUUAUUAUUAUUUAUACACACAAUAAAAAUGGAAACAUUACAGUAUUGUAUGUGUGUGGCUGGGGUGUCCACUUACACAGACAAGCUCCCACUCCCACAAAUAGUGAUAGAUCCCACUACUCAUGAGACACUAGUGGUCCUCCUUCCAAUGACAUUGCAGGUUAUGGCGAGCAACGUAAACAUCUCCAAGAGCCUUCCAAUGUCCCCCACAAACACCACAGUGCCCACCACUCAUUUGGGGACAAUGUCAUCCUAGGUUUUCUGUUUUUCCUCCACCACAGACAUCCCAGUGUUUCUGACUCCAUCGUGCGGAAUUUGCAUGACCCCGCCCACAAAGCAGGGGAAUUGAUCAGCAACUCAACUUCAGGACCUUGGAGAGUUCCCUAAAAGCUACAGGAGGCAAAGGGACCCAAACCAUAUAAUAAUAAUAAUAAUAAUAAUAAUAAUAAUAAUAAUAAUAAUAAUGGUAAAUAAUACAUUCUGAUACUAAUUAUCGAUACAUAGCUGCUUUGAGUCUCCCGGUGGAGAGAAAAAACGGGGUAAAAUAAUAAUGAUAAUGAUAAUAAUAAUAAUAAUAAUAAUACGAAAUCCAGCAUGUCUAUUUUGUUUGCUGUGUCAUAAUAAAAUAAUAAUAACAACAACAAUAAUAAUACAAUAAUUUAUACAUAGCAGCUUUGAGUGUCCUGGUGGAGAGAAAAUACAGGGUAAACAUAAUAAUAAUAAUAAUAAUAAUAAUAAUAAUAAUAAUAAUACGAAAUCCAGCAUGUCUAUUUUGUUUGCUGUGUCAUAAUAAAAUAACAACAACAACAAUAAUAAUACAAUAAUUUAUACAUAGCAGCUUUGAGUGUCCUGGUGGAGAGAAAAUACAGGGUAAACAUAAUAAUAAUAAUAAUAAUAAUAAUAAUAAUAAUAAUAAUACGAAAUCCAGCAUGUCUAUUUUGUUUGCUGUGUCAUAAUAAAAUAAUAAUAAUAACAACAAUAAUAAUACAAUAAUUUAUACAUAGCAGCUUUGAGUGUCCUGGUGGAGAGAAAAUACAGGGUAAACAUAAUAAUAAUAAUAAUAAUAAUAAUAAUAAUAAUAAUAAUAAUAAUAAUACGAAAUCCAGCAUGUCUAUUUUGUUUGCUGUGUCAUAAUAAAAUAAUAAUAAUAACAACAAUAAUAAUACAAUAAUUUAUACAUAGCAGCUUUGAGUGUCCUGGUGGAGAGAAAAUACAGGGUAAACAUAAUAAUAAUAAUAAUAAUAAUAAUAAUAAUAAUAAUAAUAAUAAUAAUAAUAAUACGAAAUCCAGCAUGUCUAUUUUGUUUGCUGUGUCAUAAUAAAAUAACAACAACAACAAUAAUAAUACAAUAAUUUAUACAUAGCAGCUUUGAGUGUCCUGGUGGAGAGAAAAUACAGGGUAAACAUAAUAAUAAUAAUAAUAAUAAUAAUAAUAAUAAUAAUAAUAAUAAUAAAAAUACAUAGCCGCAUUGAGUCUCCUGGUGGGAGAGAAAAUGUAAACAUGAUAAUGAUGAUGAUGAUGAUAAUAAUAAUGGUAAUAAUAAUACAUUCCAAUACUCAUAAUCAAUACAUAGCUGCUUUGAGUUUCCUGGUGGCGAGAAAAGACGGAGUAAAAACAAUAAUAAUAAUAAUAAUAAUAAUAAUAAUAAUAAUAAUAAUAAUAAUAAUGGUAAUAAUAAUACAUUCCAAUACUAAUAAUGUAUACAUAGCUGUUUUGAGUCUCCUGGUGGGGAGAAGAAGCGGGGUAAAUAAUAAUAAUAAUAAUGGUAAUAAUAAUAAUAACAAUAAUAAUAAUAAUGGUAAUAAUAAUGGUAAUAAUAAUACAUUCCAAUACUAAUAAUCAAUACAUAGUUGCUUUGAGUUUCCUGGUGGUGAGAAAGGACGGAGUAAACACAACAACAAUAAUAAUGAUGAUGAUAAUAAUGGUAAUAAUAAUAAUGGUAAUAAUAAUACAUUCCAAUACUCAUAAUCAAUACAUAGCUGCUUUGAGUUUCCUGGUGGCGAGAAAGGAUGGAGUAAACACAACAACAACAAUAAUGAUAAUAAUAAUGGUAAUAAUAAUACAUUCCAAUACUAAUAAUCUAUACAUAGCUGUUUUGAGUCUUCUGGUGGGGAGAAGAAGCAGGGUAAAUAAUAAUAAUAAUAAUAAUAAUAAUAAUAAUAAUAAUAAUAAUAAUAAUGGUAAUAAUACAUUCUAAUACUAAUAAUCGAUACAUAGCUGUUUUGAGUUUCCUGGUGGCGAGAAAGGAUGGUGUAAACACAACAACAACAAUAAUGAUGAUGAUGAUAAUAAUAAUAAUGGUAAUAAUAAUGGUAAUAAUAAUACAUUCCAAUACUAAUAAUCAAUACAUAACUGCUUUGAGUUUCCUAGUGGCGAGAAAGGACGGAGUAAACACAACAACAACAAUAAUGAUAAUAAUAAUGGUAAUAAUAAUACAUUCCAAUACUAAUAAUCUAUACAUAGCUGUUUUGAGUCUUCUGGUGGGGAGAAGAAGCAGGGUAAAUAAUAAUAAUAAUAAUAAUAAUAAUAAUAAUAAUAAUAAUAAUAAUGGUAAUAAUAAUACAUUCCAAUACUAAUAAUGUAUACAUAGCUGUUCUGAGUCUCCUGGUAGGGAGAAGAAGCGGGGUAAAUAAUAAUAAUAAUAAUAAUAAUAUUAAUAAUAAUGGUAAUAAUACAUUCUAAUACUAAUAAUCUAUACAUAGCUGUUUUGAGUCUCCUGGUGGGGAGAAGAAGUGGGGUAAAUAAUAAUAAUAAUAAUAAUAAUAAUAAUAAUAAUAAUAAUAAUGGUAAUAAUAAUACAUUCUAAUACUAAUAAUCGAUACAUAGCUGUUUUGAGUCUCCUGGUGGGGAGAAGAAGCGGGGUAAAUAAUAAUAAUAAUAAUAAUAAUAAUAAUAAUAAUAAUAAUAAUAAUGGUAAUAAUAAUACAUUCUAAUACUAAUAAUCGAUACAUAGCUGUUUUGAGUCUCCUGGUGGGGAGAAGAAGCGGGGUAAAUAUUAAUAAUAAUAAUAAUAAUAAUAAUAAUAAUAAUAAUAAUGGUAAUAAUAAUACAUUCU